AUGGACUCGCGGCUACCGCACCCUCGCCAAAUACAAGCACAGCUCCAGGCACUCGGCGACGAAAUCCAGAGCAUCCGCGAAGAACACGAUGGCCACAUUGUCGGGCUAAGCCAGCGUCUGCAACAAGCUGAGAACCGCCAUCGACAACUCCUACAUCAGCUCCAAAUUGCUACGAACCGCUUUCCUGGACCGCCUGGCAGUAGUCACAGUGGUUACUCGAGUUCGACUGCCAACCUGGAUAAUCCUCUCCCUCUCUCGGAGUCUCUUAUCGGUACUGGUCGCAUCACAACACCUCCACGAGCACAUACCGGUGGCGCCACGAGUAACGACAGGUAUGAUC